CUGCCGCAUUCUUUUUCAACAUGUCGCGCGCGUCCGUCAACGAGUUGUUGAUUGAAGAGGUGGCAAAGCGGCCUGUUCUAUGGGAUAUUACUCUCAACGAGUACAGAAAAACGAGGAAUAAAAUUGGGCUAUGGGAGGAGAUACGAGAAGCACUGCAAAACGCCGAACCCAAUGUUACUGUAGAAGAGCUCCAGAAUCGCUGGAAGAACCUCAAGAACACCUACCGCAAAAAACUCAAGGAGUACAAAGACCAAAUGAUAAGUGGCUCUGCUGCCAAACCUAGAGGAAGAGCAUGGCGCUACAUGGAGCAUAUGCAAUUCAUGUUUGACAUGUUGGAACCUCGGCAGACCCACACCAGCUUCCAUACCGCUGAACAGCAGGAGUUGUGCGAGAAGAACUCCAUUGGGUAUACAGAAGGUGAUUGCGAUCAGCCUUCACAGGACUUGUUUCACGAAAUUUUCAGGGAACAUACUGCCACGCCUGUUACCACGCUGACUGCCACACCAGUGUCCACACCUGCUCCUAUUCCUGAAACUGCACCAACACGCACUCCCACUUUUGCACCCAUGCUUGCUCCUUUACAUACAGCCACACCUGCCACAUCUCAGCAACCAAAGACCUCAAGGAAAAGGAAAAGGGUAGAAAAAGAGCUCGAAGGGCUCAACAAAGAGUUAGCAUAUGUGAGCAAUGCCCUGCCUGCAUUCCAGCCGCUAUCGGACACAGCUCACUUUCUGCUUUCUUUAGAGCCUGCAAUGAAAGAGGCACCACAACACAUGCAGUACCACAUGCGUAUGGAAUUGCUGAACAUUGUGUCGGCGUAUAGCCGAGGCCAAUAUCCUGAUUUGAUAAUUCGAAAAGUUCAUCCUAACACUGGUGAUUUCAAAAAUUAAAAGGCGAAUGACUCGAUUGCAUCAAUCAGUAGAACUUCAGUUUUGUCACUUUUCUUAACCACCCACUAGCUAUAAUUAAAAAUUACAGGAGUACUUAAGGUCAAGUGGGUCACCGCAGCUUUAGUUUUAUAUUUUAGAAAUUUCUUGUAAUCACGUUGCAAGAUUAAGUGGGAUCAGCUUUUGACAUUCGAUUCAUACCAUUGCAACCCUGCUUCUUUUCUUUUCAUCAUACAUUAUAGAAACAAAUUUUAUUCACCGGUGUAAAAGCGAAGUGCACUUUUUUUCAGAAAUAACAUAUAUGAAAGUGAAAUGUGGAACGUCAAUUCCACGCAGUAGUAGCAGUAACCACUUCUGAAUAUAUUUUUUAAUAAAUGUAUAUAGGGAGAGGUUGGUGCCAAUGUUCGAAGGUAUUGCACAAAAGUUGACAUCGCAUAUUUUGUAGCAAACAAAAGGCAAACAUAUGCACAUAGCACAACAUUUAUGCAAUGAGUCCACGCUUUUCAAUAUUGA